GCCCAUGUGAGAUGCCUCCUCCCAAUCACAGACCAUCCUUCCCUGGUCCUGAAGGUUCAAAGAUUUGCUGCAGGGUAAAAAAGCACCUCAGGCUAGCUUGGCUUGCAGAGUGGGCCAGCAUUGCUCCGGGAAGAAGAGGAGGAGGAGAGGGCACCCUUGGGGGAAAUCCUGAAGAUGGCCAAAGACGAGUCCACCAUUCAUUGCUUCCAGGGCCUCCUGAUUUUUGGAAAUGUGAUUAUUGGUAUGUGCGGCAUCGCCCUGACUGCAGAGUGCAUCUUCUUUGUAUCGGACCAGCAUAGCCUCUACCCACUGCUUGAAGCCACCAACAAUGACGACAUCUACGGGGCAGCCUGGAUCGGCAUGUUUGUCGGCAUCUGUCUCUUCUGCCUGUCUGUUCUAGGCAUCGUAGGCAUCAUGAAGUCCAGCAGGAAACUCCUUCUGGCAUAUUUCAUCCUGAUGUUUAUUGUGUAUGGCUUUGAAGUGGCAUCUUGUAUCACAGCAGCAACACAGAGAGACUUUUUCACACCCAACCUCUUCCUGAAGCAGAUGCUGGAGAGGUACCAAAACAACAGCCCCCCAAACAAUGAUGACCAGUGGAAAAACAAUGGAGUCACCAAAACUUGGGACAGACUUAUGCUCCAGGACAGAUGCUGCGGUGUGAACGGUCCAUCAGACUGGCAGAAAUAUACGUCUGCCUUCCGGACUGAGAAUAACGAUGCUGACUAUCCCUGGCCUCGUCAGUGCUGUGUUAUGAACAAGCUGAAAGAACCUCUCAACGUGGAGGCCUGCAAACUAGGAGUGCCUGGUUAUUACCACAGUCAGGGCUGCUAUGAACUGAUCUCUGGACCAAUGAACCGGCACGCCUGGGGGGUUGCCUGGUUUGGAUUUGCCAUUCUCUGCUGGACUUUUUGGGUUCUCCUGGGUACCAUGUUCUACUGGAGCAGAAUUGAAUAUUAAAAGACAGUGUCCGCCUUCCCCCAGUGACUCUGGAUCUGGUGCUGGAACUGCUCUCUCCCGACACUCCACGUGUGUGCCCCCUGGGCACAUGUCCUCACUCAAGUUGCCACAUCAGUUGGUAUGGAGCUCCUUCAGGCUCUCGGACUCCUGAAAUUCUCAGCACUGUGUUUUUACCCUGGUCUAGGAUUCUACAAUAUUUUAUUGUUUGUUGGAGUGGGAGACUUUGGAAAAGAGGCAAUAACUACUCCCAUUCCUGUUCACUUUUAAUUUGGGGGCAUAGAAACAUUCACAGGAGCCUGUGUUAUCACAGCCAACCAAGUCUAUUUGUACACCAAAUCUGCCUGUAUUUCCCACUACUUUUGAAAUGACGCUUUCAAAGGCUUUCAUUCAUCUCCAUUUGUGAAAGAACCAAGGAAAGGUGCCUUUUUUUUCUAUGUACCUUUUGCCUUUUGUUCUACGGUAGCUCCCAUAUAUGGACACUCAGGCAAUUCUUUUAAUGCCACUUUGGGAUCCUUUUACUCUCCAGGACAGUGCCCAAUCUUCAGUUAACAAUGCCCAGUGCCCUCUUGGACAUUGUAGACUGUAUGUGUUUAGUAACCUCAGCCUCCCAUUAAUUAAAAGUUUUGGGCUUUUUGGGACAAAGUAGAGGCCUUUUACAUGUAUUUACCAUUCUCAAAUGGAAACACCUUUCAAAUAGAGGAGAGGCAAGCCAGCUACUAGAUAGGUGAUUUAUGGUGAUUUUUGUUUACUGUCAAAAGGUUUCUCUUUUGAACCAUGUUUUCAUUUGUGGCCCUGAAGAAAGUUCAUAUAACUCAGCAUCUGUCUUAUAAAUAAAGAGGGCCUUUAAUAUA